UACUUAUUUAUUUACUUGAGCGAGCAGAGCAGAGCAGUUAAGCACUCAGUCGACAGCCUUUGUUAUUAAAAACUUUUAUCGUGGUUGUCGAUGUAAAUAAAGAUCAAGAAAUUGAUGAUCCUUCGUAACCAAGUACUUUUUUGUCUUUUUGUUUUUGUCUUUUGCGACGCAGUCUAGAUUAGUCUAGAAUAGCGCAUUCAAUCGCAGCAAUGCAGUGCGCGUCAGAUAUGGUUUCUUCGCUUCUUUGGUACACUGAUGACGGGAAACUUGAAGAACCAAAAGUGAUAGAACAAUUUGUGCUAGACGUCGAAGACUUUAGUUCGCAGUAUGGUAGUGAAAUAAGUAUUUCGUACACAGCAUUUAACAUUCGUGGUCCACCUUCAAAUUAUCCUGACUAUGGGGACUAUCCUCAGGCGUUUGUUAUGAGAACUUACGGUACUUGGUGGGAUGAGGCACCAUCAGCACAAGAGAAUUAUAUGCCACAAAAUCAUGAUUCAGUUUCAAGUCAAGAUUUUGUAGAAGUGUCCUUCAAAGAAGCAGUGUACCCACUAGAUGUGUCAGUAUUUGAGACAUACAACCCAGGAGCACUAGUGCGGAUAUGGGCCAGAGGGGUAACAACUUGGUACCUGCUGUGGGAGGGAGAGCCACAGUAUGUUGGUGAUACUCCGAGGAUAUUUUGCCCUCCUAUUAGGAAAAUUAAGGAACCAACUAGAGUAUUAAGACUGGAAUUUAAUCACAAACUACUGCCAUACUAUACAGAACUAGAUGCCAUACUGCUCCGAGGUAUCCUGUGUCCCAAACAAGAAGUGCCACAGACAAAAAAAUUUUCGUUUUUUGGAUGCGACACAAAACCUAUUAUUGAAAAAGGUCAAAUCCUGAGUAGAGUUCUGUCGUCUAAUCUCCACGAAAACAUCGUACCGCCAAUGUUUGCUGUCUCACAGACGCACAGAGAGAUUGACAGGGGACCAACUUUGGGAGAUUUCCAACGACUUCCUGACGAGACAAUUCUAUAUGUAAUGAAGUUCCUAGACAUGCAGUCCCUAUGUCGAUGUGCGCAAGUGAACAGACAUUUCAGCAGGCUAGCUUCUGACUCUGUGCUAUAUAGAACCAUAGAUCUGAGGCCCUAUUGGUAUUGUGUGCAGUCACAGGUGCUAACAACAUUAUCGAUGCGCUGCAAGUUUCUACAGAAAUUAGACUUAUCAUGGUGCGGAAGCAGGCGCAUGGUGCAAUCGAGUUACGUAGUCAACUUCCUUAAAGACAGCGGGGCGGAGCUGACACACCUCCGUAUGAAUUGCUGCAAAUUCGUUGACAACUCAGUGCUAAGAGCUGUAGUUGUCACAUCGCCUUGUUUGCGAGAAUUAUGUCUCCGUUCCGUGGUGGGUUGUAGCGAUUGGGCGGUAUUAUCAUCUCUGAAGAAGCUCAGGCGUCUGGAUCUGUAUAGAACUGAUAUUUCCACCGCGGCCGCUGUCGCUAUUGUGUCGGCGAACCCUGGUUUGGAGCACCUCAAUGUUGGGUCGUGUAAAAUGAUAGCAGCUAUGGACGAAGUGGCGAUCGCUCUUGGCAGCAAUUGUCCCGAUCUGAAGUCUGUGGACUUUUGGAGGUCCUUCUCUUUGACCCCGAACGGGAUACGAGUCCUUGGCAACUGCAGGAACCUUCAGGAAUUGGAUGUUGGAUGGUGCCUUCAAGCAGGCGCGUCAGGAGAAUGGUUGGCCUGGCUGAGUGGCAGCGAACUACGUAAACUAUUCCUAGGAGCAUUACGCGGUAUCUGCGACAGGGAUAUAAGGGCGCUAUUACCGAGGAUGCAACGCUUACAACAGCUCGAUUUGCUCGGUGUCCGAGCUGUUACCCCGGAUAUAUGUGACGCAAUACUUGACGAAUGCCGAGAGUUAAGGCUGUUAGAUGUCAGUUUCUGCGAUCAGAUUCAGGAUUCACGGGUGCUAGAAUGGCGCGAGCAAUACCCACAUGUUAGGAUCAAGAGGUCUUUCCAAUCGGCGAGUAUCAACACGGCUCCCAGCCCGCUGUUCUUGGCGCCUAUGUUCGAAUAAGGAUCCUUUUUGCUGCUUAAUAUGCAUUUACUAACUUCCCGCCCCAGCGGUAAAAUUUUUGUUAUAAUUGCUUAGCUGUACUAUGCCGUUUUAAAAAAAAAACUGUUUCCUUUACAGAAUUAAAUUAUUUUGAUCUUUUAUUUUUGUAAAUUAAUCUUACCGCCAAAUAAUACCGCCUUUAAAAGGAAUAGUCUUAUAGAAGUCAUUUUAUUAAAUACUAGUAUAAUAAAUAAUAAUUAUAGCAGGUAUGUCGUUAAACACAAGCUUGAUAAUCAUCUUUCUAAUUUUGUACACCACUGGAUUAAGAACCGUGCACACCGAACGCGUAUCCAGCACAUGUACAAUAAAAUUGUAUGGAAUUUUAAAGCACGCGUUCCGUACAAAAGUGCUGCACAGAAAUUCUAUUGUAGUAUUUGUACCAAUUGGCACAAUUUUGUAUUAAACGACAAUUUUUAUCAAUUUAAUAUAUAUAUACCAAUUUAUUUUGACAAAUUACACAUUUUCUACACAUGAAAUGUGUAGAACAAUGUCUGUGAGUUCACUUACACGUAACAAUUUAAUCUUUAAUUAAAUAUUUUACUUCGUAACAAUCUAACGUCAAAACCUCAUUGAUCUGAUUAAAUUAAUAUAUUGGAUUGAAUUUAUGGAUAUAAAGUUUGGAUUGAAUAUUAGUGCAAUAAUAAAAUUGUUAUAUUGUGCAAUAAAUAUUUUCAAAUGGGCUUCAGGGCAAAAAAUAUAUUACAAAAUACUUAUUUAAACUUAGGAUGGAUAUAAAGAUACCUAAACAAACUUCACCGCAGUCUUUUCUUCAAAGACAUUUUAGUUGAGUCUUCAAUAUAUUACAACUAAGUAUAAAUCGACUGGGUAUGUAUAUCCUACUAUUAUUAUAAAUGCGAAAUUUUGUAAGGAUGUAUGUUAUUAUGUUUGUUAAUCUUUGGAAGAAAAUUUAUAGAAAAAUGCGAAAAUAUGAAGUUUUGAUAGCUUUAUUUUAUUUGUAUGCUAACUAGGUAUAUGUGUUCAGUUGUACUAUUCGUAUUUGUAUGAUUUUUGAAACAUAAUAUUUUGGUCGCAAUAUGUGUUGAAAUGUUCUAUUCAUUUUUAUGUUAAACAUAAGACUUCCAAUUGGCUUUAAAUUACUAAUUCAUAAGAAUAGGUUAUGUUUGCCAUUAAUUUUUGCACAAGUGCACAAAAACUUGUUUUGUAGAUUUAUUUGCUUCUUGUCUCUUUCCCACAUGGUGAGGUCGGCGUCGUUUCCUUCUUUGGUAGCGCCAAGACAAUGUGUCAAGGAUUGUUGGAAUUAUCGAUUUUGUACAUUUAUGUUUGUUUUUAUAUGUUUAUGUAGGUAUUUUGUAUUUUUUUAUUCCACUAUCAACUACAAAAUAUUUCGUUAUUUAUGUGCUUUUCAAGGUGGUUCAUUAUUUUUGAUUGUUUAAGAGUUAAGUUUAUUUGUAUACUUAAGUCUGGGGAAAAAAUCAUAACAUUUGUACUUAAAAUUAGUCAAUUAUUGUACCCUCAAAAUCUAAGUCUGAUCACAGAAUAUUGAGUUCGACAAACAUUUUUCAAAAUAUAUAAUGUCUUAAAUAAAAUUGCUUUAUUCUAUUCUGUGUAAAGAAAAAUUACAUAUUAAAGACUGAUAUAUAAUGGGAGAAGGUACUAUGAUUGAUUUAGUAAAUGUUUUAUGCCAGCGUUAUAUUACUAACUUUAUUUCUAGUCUUAAGUAAACGAAGCAUAACAGUCAAUUUUAAAAUAAACUAUUAUAUACAUUUCUAGA